AGACCUCCUUUCAACCUCACGCUCUUCUCUCCACUCCCCAUUCAAAUUGAACUCACUCACAAAACCCCAUUCAUUUUUCCCCAAAUUCACAGAUUUAAAUUCCCUUUUUGCCCCCAUAUAGACAGAUUCAAGAUGUCGCUGAGGCCAAAUGCCAAGGUGGAGGUCCGCCGUAACAGGUACAAAGUGGCGGUUGACGCGGAGGAGGGACGGCGGAGGAGGGAGGACAACAUGGUGGAGAUACGCAAAAAUCGGAGAGAGGAGAGCCUACAGAAGAAGCGUCGUGAAGGACUUCAAGGGAAUCAACAAUUCCCUAUUUCUGUUGAGGCCACCACAGGCAUCGAUAAGAAGGUGCAGUUAGAAAAUUUGCCAGGAAUGGUUGCUGGUGUCUGGACUGAUGAUUCUAGUAGACAGCUAGAGGCUACUACCCAUUUCCGAAAAUUGCUUUCUAUAGAACGGAGUCCUCCAAUUCAGGAGGUAAUUCAAGCAGGUGUUGUUCCUCGUUUUGUUGAAUUUUUAAUGAGGGAAGAUGUUCCACAGCUUCAGUUCGAGGCAGCUUGGGCCCUCACAAAUAUUGCUUCUGGGACAUCUGAGCACACUAAGGUGGUAAUUGAUCAUGGUGCAGUCCCUAUUUUUGUGAAACUUCUUGGUUCUGCAAGUGACGAUGUCCGAGAACAGGCUGUAUGGGCCUUAGGAAACGUAGCUGGAGACUCCCAUAAAUGUAGAGAUCUUGUGCUUGGGCAUGGAGCCUUGGCUCCUUUGCUAGCUCAGCUUAAUGAACGUACUAAGUUAUCUAUGCUCAGAAAUGCCACCUGGACCCUUUCGAAUUUCUGCAGAGGCAAGCCACAGCCUGCUUUUGAACAGACAAGACCUGCUCUUCCAAUUCUUCAGCAACUUAUACACUCGAGUGAUGAAGAAGUUUUGACUGAUGCAUGUUGGGCACUCUCUUAUCUUUCUGAUGGCACAAAUGAUAAAAUACAAGCUGUGAUCGACUCUGGAGCAUGUCCCCGUUUGGUUGAGUUGUUGCUUCACCCAUCUCCUUCUGUUCUUAUCCCUGCCCUUCGGACAGUUGGAAACAUUGUCACUGGAGAUGAUAUACAAACUCAGUAUAUCAUCAGCUAUAAUGCACUACCCUGUCUUAUGAACCUCUUGACUGGUAGCCAUAAGAAGAGCAUUAAAAAAGAAGCUUGCUGGACUAUUUCGAACAUCACAGCUGGAAACAAGGAGCAAAUUCAGGCUGUAAUUGAAGCCAACAUUUUUGGUCCUCUAGUUCUUCUGCUUCUAAAUGCAGAAUUUGAUGUGAAAAAGGAGGCUGCCUGGGCAAUAUCAAAUGCAACGUCUGGUGGCACUCACGAACAAAUUAAGUAUCUUGUGAGUCAACAGUGCAUCAAGCCUCUAUGUGAUCUGCUUGUCUGCCCUGAUCCAAGAAUCGUCACAGUAUGUUUGGAAGGACUCGAAAACAUUUUGAAGGUAGGGGAAGCUGAGAAGAACUUGGGACAUACAGGAGAUGUCAACCUUUACGCUCAGAUGAUUGAUGAUGCUGAGGGCCUGGAAAAAAUCGAGAACCUGCAGAGUCAUGAUAAUAAUGAGAUUUACGAGAAGGCAGUAAAGAUUUUGGAGACAUAUUGGGUGGAUGAGGAUGAUGACGAACCGACACACCAAGGAGAUGCCUCCCAACAAAGCUUCCAGUUUGGAGGUGGAGAUGUCUCUGUGCCUUCUGGUGGAUUCAGUUUCAAAUGAAGGUUGGUAUCCCCAAGGUACGUACCCAAAAGAGGUGCACGAACGUUGUGCUGUUGAACUGACUUGUUGGCUUCUUAAUUCAUUGAUGGAAUUUGUUCCUAAGAUGUUUUGCUUUGUCCGUUGUCCUGAGGAAUUUGUAUCCUAAAACUUUUUCUUGUUUUUGACCUAUUGUUGGGUGAUUUUGGCCCUCCCAAAAAUUAGUUUACCCAGCUCAUUCUCACUAUGAAACCAGUUAUUUAUAAACUUUUCUCAUGUUGCUAAGAAUGCCUUUGCCACACUGUGUUUCGUUA